AUGAAACCCAACAUAUAUGGCACUAAAGCGAAAGUAGAAGAAGACCACGGGGAUGUGAAGGUGGGAGUGAACGAGGAGGGCGAGAAAUACGUUGAUCUGGGCAAGAAGCGGCGAGCUACUGUUCGCCAGUACAAGGGAUCCACCUUCCUAGACAUACGAGAGUUCUAUGGGGACGACAACGACCUCAAGCCCGGAAAGAAGGGCGUGUCAAUCAACAAGGAGCAAUGGGAGGCUCUGAAGCGAGGUAGCGACGCGAUUGACUCUUUCUUCGCCAAAAUCGGGCAGUAG